AUGUAUAUUCAACAUAAUGGUGUUGCAAUGGGUGCUCCAUUAGCUUCAGUGAUUGCUGAUAUUUUUAUGACUUACUUGGAAAUAACAUUGAUGGAUAAAUUAACGCAAUUAGGUGUAUGUGAAUGGUAUCGUUAUGUAGAUGAUACAUUUGUAUUCAUUAAUAAAGAUGCAAAUGUAGAUAACUUAUUAUCCAUUCUUAAUGGAUUUCAUCCAUCAAUUAAAUUUACAAGAAAGAUUGAAGAUAAUGAUAAAUUGGAGUUCCUCAAUGUACAAGUUAUUCGAUCACCUGAACAACAAUGCUUCGAGGCAACAAUUUAUCGAAAGCCAACAUUUACUGAAUUACUAACAAAUUGGAACUCUUAUGUUCCCAUUCAAAAUAAGAAAGCCGGUAUUGUUAGUAUUGUUAAUCGUGCACUCAAUAUAUGUUCAACAUAUAAAUUUUUGGAAGAUGAAUUUAAUAAAAUAAGAAGAUUUGGCUUAUAUAAUAAUUAUCCGUUAUCCUUUAUUGAUACGAUUAUUGGCAUUAAAUUAAAUCAACAUCGCAAUAAAAUGAUUACAGAAUUAGAUAAGCCAAUAAUUGAAAGUAAUAAAAAGAAAAUAUAUGUUGAGAUAGCGUUUAUUAGAUCAUCAACAUUAGGUUUAAAGAACAAAACUAAACACCUGAAUAAUAAACUAAGACCUGAUCUCAAAAUCCAAUUCUUCUUCAAACCACCACCUUCGAUACAAACAUUUUUCCAAACCAAAGAUCCAAUUGCAAAACUUAUACAGUCGGAUGUGGUAUAUUAUAUUAAGUGUAAUGACUGUGAACACUCGUAUAUUGGAGGGUGUGGGUGUGGGGUGUGGGUGUGGGGUGUGGGGUGUGGGUGUGGGUGUGGGUGUGGGUGGGUGUGGGUGUGGGUGAGAGUGUGGGUAGAGGUGGGGUGUGGGUGUGAGUGUGACUGUUCAUUCAGAGAAGACUCACAUCCACACGCCACACUCACCCCAUCCCACCCCACCCACACCCACCCACACCCACACCCCACCCCACAUCCGCACCCUCACCCACACACCCACACCCUCACCCACACCUUCACCCACACCCUCACCCACACCCACACCCUCACCCUCACCCACACCCUCACCCACACCCACACCCACACCCACACCCACACCCUGAGUC